CGGAGAGGCGGCACGCAGCAGCAGCAGCAGCAGAAGAUGGCUGAGCGCACCGGGCAGCGCGAGCCCCGCACGGCGGCGUUAUCCCCGUGCCUCUCCCCGGGGCGACCCUGAGACACCCCCCUACACACACACACACACACACUCCCCCUCCUCCUGUCUCUCCUCAUCCAAACACAGACCCAGAGGUUCCCGGUGUCUGUCCCGUGCGUCCACGUUAUUUCUCCUCACACACACACGCGCGCGCGAGGAUACAGAGCGCGCGAGAGAGAGAGAGCGCGCGGGAGGGAGAGGAUUUUUGUUCGCUUUAAUCGCAGCAUGGCGGAGACGGAGAAGGAGGGCAGCAGAGCUCCGGAGGGCAAGAGGAGCCGGAAACCCGCGCACCCCGUCAAGCGCGAGAUCAACGCGGACAUGAAGAGUUUUGCAGAGAACACAAUGAACGAGCUGCUCGGGUGGUACGGGUACGACAAAGUGGAGCUGCGAGACUCGGAUGACAUCGAGAUCCGUAACUAUCCGGACGGGGAAAUCCGCCAGCACAUUUCUGUCCUGAGAGAAAAUUCUAUGCCAAAAGUGGUGAUGCCCGAGGGUAGCUCGUCUCCUCCUCAUGCCAACAGCUCCUCUUCCACUCCUACAUCACGCAACGGCGUCGCCACGGAGAUGCCUGCCAACCCCGCCUCCUCCUCCUUUUCCUCGACGACAGUUGCCAAGGAGCAAGGGGGCAUGCCAAUCAUAGUUCCCCUGAUACCACCCCCACUCAUCAAACCACCAGCAGAGGACGACAUGUGUAACGUUCAGAUCGUGUGUGCGUGGUGUCAGAAGGUCGGCUUGAAGCGUUACUCCCUCAGCAUGGGCUCUGAACUCAAGAGCUUCUGCAGCGAGAAGUGUUUCGCCGCCUGCCGGCGCGCCUACUUCAAGCGCAACAAGGCCAGAGAGGAGGAGGCCUCCACGCAGCACAGCAAAGACACGCCCAGACUUGUCCUCAAGACACACAGCGAUGCGCUUUCAGGGGUCAAAGGUGAAGGAGACACGGGAGACGAGUUGAGAUGUAAACCAGAGGCGCUAAUGUCCGAGGUGUGUGACUGGUGCAAGCACAUCCGCCACACUAAAGAGUAUCUGGAUUUUGGCUCGGGUGAAAGGCGACUCCAGUUUUGCAGUGCUAAGUGUCUCAACCAGUACAAAAUGGACAUAUUUUAUAAAGAAACCCAGGCAGCUCUGCCUGGUGGACUGUGUAACCCCAUUUAUCCGGCUGGAGACGGAAAAACUGAAGCAAAUGCAGGCGUCCAACUUCUGACCCCUGAAUCCUGGAACGCACCUUUGAGCGAAAUAAGGCCCCGCAAGGCACCAUCGCCAGGGGCAGCAGCGUGUGGGGCUGGACACUCAGGAUCAGCAUCUGCAUCUCCCUCUGAUUCCAGUGCCGCUGGUUCAGCAUCUUCAUCAUCCUCAUCUUCAAUGAAAAUCCCCACGCCAAGGCCACAUGAGAGUCCAACGUUGCCCGCACUGCCUCAUCCUCUUCCACCACCCCCUGCCCCUGGAAUUCAUCCUCCAAUGGGUGUGGUGCCCAAUGGAACUCCCCCAAUGGUGAUGACACCUCGUGGCCCAAUGCCGCUGCCUCUCUUUAUGGAGCACCAGAUGAUGCAGCAAAUUCGCCCUCCCUUUCUACGCCCUCCUGGCCCCAACAGCCCGCUUUCUAAUCCCAUGAUUCCUGGAAUUGGACCGCCCCCUCCACCUCGGACCUUGGGUCCUCCGUCUAGUCCCAUGCACCGACCCCUCCUUUCACCCCAUCUCCACCCAUCUUCCACACCCACCUUGCCAGGUAACCCUCCCGGACUAAUGCCGCCUCAUCCAGGUUCUCACAUUCCUGGACUUCCCUUUCCUCCAGUUAACAUCAUGCCACCAGGGCCCCUACCAAUGCCACCUAUGAUGAACUUUGGCAUGCCAUCACUUGCACCGUUAGUGCCCCCUCCAAUGCUCUUAGUGCCGUAUCCUGUAAUUGUGCCAUUACCUGUCCCAAUUCCUAUCCCUGUUCCUAUUCCAAUUAAUCCAAAGGCAUCAAAUGAUCGACCCGGGAAUGAUGGGAUGCUUCCAGAAGUUUCUGGUGAACAGAGUGACUCAUCCUUCUCUCCCAGCUCAUCCAGAGGAGAUGGUAGAACUCCUAAGCAAAAUUCCAGCUCAGAUGUCCUUUCUCCAGGCAUUUCCAGCCAGAUGGAACGGCACAGUAUGAGCUUGAUAAAAGCAGAAAAUGCUGGAAGUUCUAGUUCAUCACAUCCAGGAUCUCCCUCAGAAGCACCAGCAAACGGAAUAAUUGACUUGACGACAAACCGGCGCUCGCGGCAGCAGCUAGUAAUCCAGAGAGCUGCGUCAUGCGUACAGGUAAAGCCAGAGUCUGAAUCAGGCACUUCUGCUGGGCUUAGCGUGUCAAGAGUGGGCGAAUGUGAAAUAAAUGAGAGAGAUUCUUGCAGCACAGGACCAUUAGAGGAGACACUAAGAGACCGAGACAUAGAUGUUAAAAGCCCACUGAACAACAUCACUAUGCCUUGUUCUGACCCUUCCUUCUGCAGUGCUUCACCUUUACUAACUCAACCAAUCACAUGCAGCCUUUCUACGCCCCUUUCCAGCAUCUCUGCGACAAAACCAGAGCCAGGUACUGGUACGCCUUGUAACGUUAUUGUUAAUGGCAGCUGCAAUAUGCAGCCACUAGAACCCACCGUGCGGACACCCCCUUCAGAACAGCGCCCUGCUAUGGAAAUGAAUCGAAGGGCAGCUGCAAUCUGCAAUGAGCCAGCUGAGGGAGAGGACCUGAAGGAAAACAGCUGCUCGGCUAUUGAGAGAACCUUAUCAGAGCAGGCUGUAGCACCUGGGCGUGCCGGAGAGGAAAAGACCCAAGAAGCAGAGGAUGCUGCAUCUGGAGCAGAUCAUGCAUAUGCUUUGCCCCUCAUGCCUAAACCGGGCUGCGUCAUUCAGCCUGUGCCAAAACCAGCAGAUAAGACGGCAGCCAUAUUGCCAUGCGGCUUGGAAGCUCCGUUAUCAGCGGCAGGAGCAGCAGACUUGGAGCCACCACUGAAAAGGAGGUGUUUGCGCAUCCGCAAUCAAAACAAGUGAAGAGUGAGAAAGCUUACACUUACAUCUCACCAAAGGGACAGGAGCACAGCACUGCAGCAGAUCCCAACAGUCCAACAAUCAACACGUCAACACCUCUAAAAGCUCAGCUAUCUCCCAGUUAGAUAAAUAAUUGCACUUCCCACUAACAUCCUCUCUGAACAGACUGGACCCAGGGAUUUCUGCGAGGGAAAAACUUACAGUUGACCUUUCAACUUCUGACUUUUCACGGUCCUCUUUUUUCUCAUCAUUCUUGGAUAAUAUUCUAUCUACACGGAUAUGUCUCCCUCUACAGGACUGGUGCAGUGUUGCAGUGCUAAGGAUUGUAAUAUACAAAAAGUUGCGACAGGGCCAAAACGUGGGUGAUUAAGCCAAAACAGCAAUCUUUAAGGGUCCAGUGGACUGCCACUAAAACAUGCAAACAAUAGACAGGGCCAGCUCCUGAACAGGCCCAAAGUGGGCCUUAAACAUGGCCUUAAACAUGAGGCCUGCCGCUCAUAUGUGCUCACAGAUGACGGACAAGCAUUUUUGUUUGGUUUCAGUGUUCAAACAAGCCAACUUUUGUCUAUAUGAGGUAGGUGCAAGAAGAAGAGGUGAAGUUUUGGGAUGCCAGUGGUGUCACAAUUUAGAUGGAUAGAGUGCCAAGAAAGUAAUGGAAAAAAGGUCACUGUGGUCACAUUCUAUGGUGACAUCUCUUUUUUAAAAUUAAUUUUACAUCUUUCUUUGGCACCACCAGCAAGUAACUGAAAUGUUUCUCUGUCCUUUCUGGCCACCAUGUCCAAAAUUUCCUCCCUACUGGAACAGAAUGGACAUAGAAAGAAAAUGAAAUAAUUGUAGCGCUAAUGAAGAUUAAUAUUUAUAGAGUUUGCUGGUUGCCAGUUAUGGUGGUGUUUAAAAGGGAAGGAUGUGCAAUGAAAACUUUCACUGAGGCAUGGGUGACAGGGUAGAAAUGACAUGGCCUAAGUUAAACCAGGAGUCUCCAUUAACAUCCAUCUUCCAGCCCAAACCCAGAGAUCAGCAGAUCGAUGCACAUCCCAAACACAACUGUUUUACAACAUAGGCAUGAAAUAACACAUGCAAAGUGGUGCUUCAGGGUACUGGAGUCCAACAGAGUGGUGAUUUCUCUUCUCUAAGACACCCUUUAAACCUUUUAAUUGGGUUAAGUUGGGAGUCUUUGUGUCAGGGUAAUAAAGAAACUGUGCUGUA